GUAACAUUCGAUUGCUUACCUUCUUCUCGGUCAAAUUGCGGGGAAAUCAGCCCAUUACUGUUUGAAACUAGCAAGUGACACCAACGAACAAAACAUACACAGAUGGUAUCGUUAACAAGCCUUGGGCUUAAGCUCAAAUCGAGAGAUUCGCCGCCGGCAAAGGCAGAUUCUGAUGUAGUUUGCGAGGCGUUGAUGAUGGAGUUGGAGUGUCAAAUCAAAGAGAUCGAGAGGAUUAACCGAGAAGGGGAAAGAGAAAAGAAGAGAAUGGCGAACAUAGCGGACUAUUCUUGGCUCAUAUCGACGCCUCAAAAAUCGUUUGAAAUUCCUCAGAUGGAGCGCCUUGCUCUUGAGGAGUUAGCCUCAAAAGUUCGACCCGAGGACAGCGGGAACGUAAUUUCCGAGUUCAGAGGUAUUGUUGAAGGUAUACCGCGAGACGUUAAAGAGAUACCCCAAGUUAUGCGGUGUAUAAUCGAUAAGCAUUUGUUAGAGAGAUCGCAACAUAGCGAGGAGUCGACAUUUCGAUGGUUAACGCGUAGCAUGUCGCAGUUAAGAACUUUAUCGAACCACACAUCAGGGAAAGUGUACCCAGCUACAGACGACCUUGAACUUCAAGAACGUCCUGAACCAAGGCGAGUGAAAAGUAUGUCUGACUUCUCCCGUUCGAGAGAACUAAAUAUGUCUGUAUAACUGCUUACUUCGAUGUUCAAUGUUGAUAGUAUAUUGUCGUUCGGUUAUCUGUGACUGUUAAUGGUGAUCCGUAAAAUCGUGCCUCUUUUUCGUGUAACCCAAUUCUUCAAGGAAGUAUUUGAUUAACUAUUGAGGUAGAUUUAUUUAAAGAAACAUACCUAAACCUACAACAAUGCCUUUUGCAAAUAUUUUGAUAUAGUGCUGUUGACUGCGAUAGGUGCCAUUCUUUGAUAUAUUUGUUUUACCUCUUCCAUUGGCUCAAAGAUUUUUAUAUCAUAUCAAAAGGGGAUAGAAUUGGCAGUGUACAUGCAUCAAAAAUUAAGGUGAUCAUAAAAUUGCUUUUGUGGUGGUAACAAAAUUAUUUAUUUAUUACAGGACUGUCUGAGUCAUGAGAGUAUUGUUAUUUAUGUUUUAAUAGAGUCCUGUGGAUGAAUAUUUUGUUUUUGUAAAGAUAUCACUAUUUACUGGUCAACUUGAUUUUUUUCUGUGAAGUCUGGGUCAUCUUAUUUGUGAUAAAUUUUGCUUAAACCCUGUAACUCCCAAGAUCUGAUUGUUAAUUCUCCCCUUUAGCUUCUUCACAUUUCCUUGUAAAUUAGGUAUGAGAACUUGGUGCUAGAUCAAGAUAGCAGCUUCUACCUGAUGAGUUUGAAUAUUCUCAUUACCUGUUUCCUGAUUAAUGUAUGGAUAUUAUAGGGAGAAGUUUUGUGUUAAUCACUUCUGGGAGUUAAAGGGUUAAGAGUCGUUAUGUAAAUUCCAAUUGAUACAGCUCACUGUUUUUACCCCUAUAUCAGUAUGAAAAUUCUCCACACUGUUCUCUAUACAUUUUCUCUGUUACUAAUAAGCAGAAUUUUUUCAACCACCAAGAGCUUUGUUAGUUGACAGUGAAGUCCCUUUACAUUUGCCUCAGGGGUGAUACUGCUACAAGAAAUAUGGUACUUGUCAAUCCUAAUGGGUUAAAGGGUUAACAGUUAAGGAAAUGAUUUUCAAUUUAUAUUGUCAUAUUUGUAUUACCUACAAGCAAACACUAGGCAACAAAGAUCCAUGUAUGGGUAUUAUGUACACUGAAUGUUGCUGACACUGAUGUAAUUAUAUGCUUAUAAAUAGCAAAUAACUACUUUAAAAAAUAAAUUUAUUGGGUACAUGGA